AUUUAACUAAAAUUAGCAUAUACAAGAACCUAUAAAAUUAGGGAUAUGUAUUGUUUGGCCGUAAUUUAGCAUAGACAAGAACCUAUUGAGUUCCAUGCUACAAGAACCUCCUCCAGACAGUCGCCUGGUGUUCGUCACCCUAGUCUGUGGAAAGAAGCGUCAACACUUGAGAGUGCCAUAAAUUAAGCCUUCCCCCGUAUGAUGUCAUGGGCCAGCUGGCUCCGACGUUUUGUAACUGCGACGCCUGGUUUUUUCGAGUGUUAUUUGUACAAUCGUCGACGUAGGCGAACGUCGAAGUAGAACCACGCGAAUUUAGUAUUUCCGAUUCUACAGAACGUGCUAUAAACGAAACAUUUGGUUUUUUUGCACAAAAAUCGGGACCCAAGUGUUGCGAUAAUGGAGAUGUAGAAACGAUUCUAUUUCUCGAAAUUGAGAUCUUAGACGUGUCGAACGUAAGAAAUGAUAAUGCUAGUGAAAGAGAAAGAAGGACUGAGAAUCGAAGCGAUCAACAAAUAGGACUGCGAUAAGCUAAGACCUUUAACUCAAAACUCAAACUUUUUUAUUUUUGAUUUGUUAUAAAUGAAAAUAUAUAAUCUCAUAUACAAGGCUGUUGUAUUCGUCUUAACAAACACCAUCGUACGUACUAAGGAAAAAGGAUAUGUGGUUGAAAAAAUAUUAUGUUAUAUUGCUAGUGUACAAGCACAUAGGACAGAUCCUUAAGUUUAAGCUUAAAUACAUAGGAUCUUGUAUAUACUAAAUUGCGACCAAAGAGGCCAGAUCCCUCAUUUUAUAGGUUCUUGUAUAUGCUAACUCUAGUUUCCUUCACUGCUUGGCCGUAUGGUGCAGCACUAGCUCGGGAAUAACCAAAAUCAUAAGCGAGAGCAUUCUCAUUUCCUCUCUGAUUUAUAUGUUGCGGUCUGUGGUUUGCGGUAUUUUGGAUGUACGUUAAAAUGGAAAACGUCAAAAAACUUUGAUUAGAUUUUAACGAAGUACUUUUGAAUGACAAUGCUAGAAAGUAUGAUGGUCGAAUCAAUAUGAGAAAAAACGUUGUUAACUGUCUUUCCUUUUAAAUAAAUAUUAAUAAGCUAUGUAAAUUUUGUCAUUGACAACUGAUAUGAUAUGAUCAUGGCGGAAUCUACGAAGACAGAGGAUGAUAAAAUUAAGUGUAACAUUUUAAUCAUCGGAGCUGGAAUGGCUGGAUUGUCAGCUGCAAAUCAUUUACUGAAGAAUCAAGAGACCGAUUUUUUGAUUGUCGAAGCACGAGGUCGCAUAGGUGGGCGUAUAAUCGCUACCAAAAUCGGCAAUGAAAAAGUAGAAUUAGGAGCAAAUUGGAUCCAUGGUGUCCUAGGGAAUCCAAUGUUUGAAUUAGCUAUGGCAAAUGGAUUAAUAGAUAUAGUACGUGUACCAAGGCCUCACAAAGUUGUAGCUGCUAUGGAAGAUGGGAAACAAUUGCCUUUUCCAGUUUUGCAAGAAAUUUACGAAGCUUAUGUAUGUUUUUUAAGAAGAUGCGAGGAAUAUUUCUUAAGUACUUAUAGCCCCCCAGAUGGAAUAAACAAUGUUGGAGCACAUGUGUCAUUAGAGGCUGAGAUUUAUUUAUCAACCUUGCCAUCUGAAGAAAGAAAAGUCAGACAGUUAUUGUUUGAUUGUUUACUCAAAAGAGAAACUUGUAUUACUGGCUGUGAUAGCAUGGAAGAUGUUGAUUUGUUGGAAAUGGGAUCUUAUGCUGAACUUCAAGGUGGAAAUAUUAGUCUUCCAAAUGGAUACAGUGCUAUAUUAGAACCAGUUUCAAAACACAUACCAAAGAACACCAUUCUAACUAAACAUGUUGUCACUAAGAUUAGGUGGCAAAGAAACAAAUGCAUGAACAAUGACAAUUCUAAUAGCUGUUCUAAUACAAAUUCACCUGUCGAAAUACAAUGUGAAAAUGGAAAAACAAUAUUAGCUGAUCAUGUGAUUUGUACAUUGCCACUAGGAGUACUUAAGGAAAAAGCCAAUGAUAUAUUUGAACCACCUUUACCAAAUGACAAACUUGAAGCCAUAGAUAGACUUUUAUUUGGUUGUGUAGAUAAAAUAUUUUUAGAAUAUGAAAGACCAUUUUUAAAUCCUGGUGUGUCAGAAAUAAUGCUCCUAUGGGAUGAUAGAGGACUGUCAGAAGAAGAGAAGCAGGACAUCAGCAAAACAUGGUUCAGAAAGAUCUAUUCCUUUACGAAAAUUUCGGAAACUUUAUUACUGGGUUGGAUAUCGGGAAAAGCUGCUGAAUACAUGGAGAAAUUAAAUGGAGCGGAAGUAGCAGAAGUAUGCACAUCAAUAUUAAGGAGAUUUCUUAACGAUCCGUUUGUACCAGCACCAAAAAAUUGUUUGUGCACCUCGUGGCAUUCACAGCCAUAUACGCGUGGUUCCUACACUGCUAUGGCUGUUGGUGCAAGUCAAUUAGACAUUAAUUGUUUAGCUGAGCCUAUAUUACAAGAAGAUGAUCCUUCGAAAAUAGUAAUAGCAUUUGCAGGUGAACAUACGCAUUCUUCGUUUUAUAGUACGGUACACGGGGCAUAUUUAACCGGUCGGACAGCUGCCCAAGUACUUUUGGAGUCGAGAAAGAACGAAAAGAAUUCAUUGAGUCUCAGUUGCGAAGACACAAGUGAUCUAAGUUCAUGGAUACAAGGAAUUUCUCUAAAUUAAAUAUUAAAAGUUGUUUUAAGAAAAGGUGCAUCGGAAGUUAUUCUCUAUAUCGAAAUUUUCACACAAUUGAGCACAAUUUAUUAUCCUGGUACGAAGAAUAUUUUACACACACUGUCGAAAUCGAUGACAAUUGUGAUUUAUAGAUGUUUAGUAUUAACGCGAAAUCUUGUGAACUAUUUUAAUUUUGUAAAUAAUAUAGCGAAUUGUUUAUAUUAUGUACAUAACAACGCCUGUUUAAAAUUUUAAGACUUUAUAAAUAUGUAUUUUGCGAUUUGAUCUACUAUCAUACUUUUCUUCUUAAAUAAUCGAAAAAGGGAUGACAGUAUGAAAAUCGUAUCACGAGAACAUGCUUCAUUUUAUAGGGUCACCUAACAUCAGCUAUACAAAUUUUAUAUAAUUAAUGCUAUCAUAAGUGCUUUUUAUCCUUAAUAAAAAUUCAGACAAUUCAGUGAUCGCUAAUCAUUGCAUUAAAUAAUGAAUUGGUUUCUAUCUAUCUAUGGAUAAAACAAAGUGAAUGUAACGUGAUCUUACUUUGACAAAGAAAUAAAAUUAAACAUCUAUAUUUGCAUAGCAUA